AUGAAGCAUGAGGAUGUUAUUUUCUAUAAGCGAAUAUUAACUAACUGGUGCGAUACACAGCCUCCGAAACGUCGAGGUGCGGCAGCCUCGCCUGCAGGGCCUAAGGAGAAGAAACCACGGCUCUCGAAGCUCGCGAAGGAGAAUAACAUCACCAGUGAAGAAGAAGCCGAGAUCAGAGAGGCUUUCCGCCUCUUCGCAGUGACUGAUAAUGAGGAGUAUGCCUCAGAGAAAGAAGGUGUCAUUGCGACCCGGGAUGUGCGUCGGGCGUUGAUAGCUCUAGGCCUCGCGCCAACAGAUAACGCUGAGUUGAAGUCUAUUAUCUCUGCCGUCGAUCCGGCGGGUGAAGGGUUCGUGAUAUACGAGUAUUUCCUGUCCGUGGCAGCCCUGAAGCUGCAUAACCGGAGUGAAGACUCAAUAUCAGCGGAAGUUGAGCAUGCGUAUGGCCUGUUUACGCGUGGAACGGAGGGACCCAUACUUAUGUCCCAUCUAAGGGCUGUUGCAAAGAGCUUGAAGGAGGAUGUGAGUGAGGAUCUGUUGAAGGAUAUGAUUAGAGCAGCCAAUGGAGGGGAUGGGAUACAGUCGGGUGUUACCAUUGAGCAGUUUAAAGAUGUCAUGAAGAGGGCUGGUGUAUUUUGA